AUGGGGGAGCUGAACCAGUGGUCGACCCUCAUGCUGUCAUUGCCGAUGACCUUCCAGGUCGGUGCCAGCCCGGAGAAACUCUACUUUGCUGGAGUGACAGCCCGGGAAAACUAUGGGACUGGGUAUGACCUCCUGUUCCGAAGCGCGGUGCAGAGAAUCUAUGAGCUGGGGGUUUACCGGGAUUCCCAGCCGGGCAAGUUGACCCACAAGGAGAUUGCUGCUCGCUGGAAGGCGAGCGUGACGUUCUCCACCAUCACGGAUGCGGACGAGACGAUGCAGGACUGGGCCGGCUUCGUGUCCACGUGUAUCUCGGUCUACGACCGCUGCUUGUCGAACCCCACGGUGUCACGCCUCAUUUUGGAUGCUGAAGAGCGUUGGGGAAAGCAAACACCUUGGGACUCGGUGGGGAAACUGGACACUCUGUGUUCCAAGUGCACGAAGUCGAUCGGGCGCUCCGACCCAGGCUCGGCCACAGACAGGAUGUGCUGGGUGAUCCGGGCAGUGCAUGAUUUCUAUGACUCGGAGCAAAUUCAGAAAACCCAACUGAGCACUCGGAACUUCUCCGGCAAGGGGCUCUACGGCCACAAAGGGACAUGUGACAUUUUGCUCUACAAGUAUGGGCUGGGCAUCUACAUCAAGGACUACCUUGAGGGCACGAUCAUCGACGCGAACCAGAAGGCUGUCAUUCGCUCAGUGUUCGAUGAUCAUGAGUCCUACCGGAAAGCUUAUGGGCAGCAUGGCCACAUGGAGGACUAUGACGUCUCCUGGCUAGGCUCACUCUGCCAGCCGGCUCGGACAGCUUGCGGCCUGCUGAAGCAGCUGGUCUACACAGUGGAGGAAGACGCAAGGCUCAAGCGCAUGCUGCAUGCAGGGGCCUCCUGUGCCGAUUGGCUUGACCAUGAUGAGCUGUCGGAAAAGACGGGACCUUUGAAGUCAGAGAUGCUGGCCCUGAGCAGCCUGGAAAGGGCUGUUGUAGAGGAGACGCCGGUGGUGAGCACGCCGCAGCAGAAGAUGCAGGACAGCAUUGUGCAUACACUGAAGGUGUCUGGCAGCGAGGAAUCCAUGGAGAGCCACGUCCGGUCCCUGCCCGAGGCAGACCUCGCCCGCAUCAUGGAGGCCAUCACGUAUGCGAAGCAGCAUGUGAGACAAUUCAUCAAACUUUUCGUUGAUGACGAAAAGGAAAAGCUUGUCUUGGAUGCCUUGAAUGAGUCCUCCCUGACGCGCAUUGCAAAGUCCGAGUUCUUGCUCACAUGCUUUGACGUCAAGAACUCUGGUGAACCUGUUACAUGUCCUCACAUUCGUGUGGCCCCGUUGAAAAACGAGAGACUGCGACGCUGCAUUCAGCGAACGUGCAAGUUUAUGAGCAGCCCAGACGGCCUGCCGGAGAACAUGGCAUUCAUGGUGUUUGACGGGGGAAAGUUCGGGAACCUGGCGCCGAUCAUGAGUCAGUUUGUGGACAGCAAGGGCACGGCGAUGCCGAAGCAGACCCGGACCAUCAGCAUCUGCUACGAGGAGAAUUCCGUGAUUCGGCGCAUGGAGCGCUAUCGGACCAUGACCUCAUUGCAGCAGCUGGAGAGCUGUCAUCUUGUGUACAACUGUGGGAUCAAUCUGCCCGGCAUGAAGAAAAGACGCAACCGGUGCUACUACAGCGGGACCUCCCACGGACAGGUCAUUCAGAACGUUGUGCUGCCGACGGAUGCAGAAGUGUGGACAACAUCUUUUGCGAACAAGAAGGCGAUCUACGACCGCCUGCGAGUGGACGUGGGGGGAACGACCGCGGGAGGAAGUGCGGAUGUCCAGAAAAGGACCGAGGAGACGAUCGAGCCGGUGAACUUCCACUCGAUGCCCCUGAACUUGUACAGGGAGAUCCUGGAGGUGGAUACAAAGCCGAAUGCCAUCCUUGACUGGACUGUGGGGGACUCUCAGUUCGCUACCGUGGCUCUUGAGUGUCAGAUCUCUUACGUGGGGGCCUGCUUCUCCGAGACUCACCAAAAUGAGGUCUACGAGCGCUUGACUGCCUUGACUCUCAAGAAAAUGCAGACCGAGGGCUCCGGCAUGCUGUACCGACCGUAUUUGGCAGAGCUGCUUUCCGGCAGCACGCAGAGGAUUGGGGGUGGUGGGACAGAGACCACCUCAGGCUCAGGCCGUGGCGGACCUGCUUUAGCAGCCAGGAUCGAAGCGUUGCGCAGGGAAGGUGCUUCUGCUGAUGCUGCUUGA